UAUUAUUCACCUACACAUGUUCAUGUAGUAGCGCUUUCUCUCUCUCUCUCUUUUUCUCUCUCACACACACACACGCACACAAUAAACCUCCCUCUACGUGGCUGUGGCUGUCAGCCAAGCAAAAUAACAACUUUCCCCUGAAACCAUCGAUCUUCCUCAUGCAUGUAUAUGAAUUCUGAAAGGAACUGUUAAGAAUGGAGAUCAUAGACAACUAACUGACAGAGGAAGCAGCAGAUAGAAUCGAGGCUUCAGAAAGAAGCGUAGGGGGGGAAAGGAGUUUGGGUUUUCCAAUUUUCCUUUAUGGUCCAGUUUCAUGGCUGAAGAAAGUAGCGAUCCACUAGUAACUUCAGAAGAAAAGGUCUUCAACAGCAUGAACCUGGGCAUAAACUCUGGUGGAAAUCCACGUUCUCUCAACAAUGUUUGUCGCAGAGCAUCUGUUGGUUCCUACCGUGCAGGGAACAAUGCAAGGAGAAGGCAUUCUGCGUGCUCCAAUUCUGAAAAUGUAAGUCGUCGUGUGGUUCCCCGUUAUCUCAGAGCUUCAACUGGUUCUUGCCAUGAUCUCUGUAAAUUCGGAAGAAGACAAUCAUGUGAAGAGAAGGUGAAGAAACCUCUGAGAAGAAGAACUGCGAAAAUUUCACCAAAUGAGCUGCUUCCUGUAGUGAUUGUAGCUGCGGGUAAGCAAAAGACCGAAAAAGUUAUCAAGCAUGAGCCUCCUGCUGACUUGAAAAAACGUUUGCGUGUGGUGAAGCCUUCUCCAGAUGCCAAAUCCUAUUCAUCAAAAUUCAAGGCAUCGAUGGAUGCAAAAGUUUGUUCCCCAACGCAAAAUGCUUCAUCUAGUAAUGAGACUCGCCUUCCAAAUUCACCUACUAAGAAAUCCACUCCAUCACAUCCCACUGCAAUUAUCAAGAGGGGAAUAUUAUCGCCAUAUGAGAAAGUUGAAGUUCCUUUAAAAGAAGCCAACUCUAUUGAAAGAAAAAUAUCAAGAACAGGUAAAAAGACAUAUGAUCAGUCCCUGAAGUGUACUUCUGUCAAGUCAGAAUCAAUUAAUGUUAAACGAUCACCAGCUUCUGACAAUUUAGACGGUGUACUUGGAAAAGGGAGACGAAACAGUGUUGUCAAAAGUAGUCGAGGAAUGACAGCAUCCACAGCAUCAGCAAGGAGAGCAUCAGUAACUCCUGCUGCACCUUUGUUCCCUAAAUCUUCUCCCAGUAAGACAGCAUCCAUUAUAGCAAGAAAAUCUGGAAGAGUAAAAUUGUUGUCUCCUCUGAAAGUUCGGACUAGGAUACAGAGGACUGCGACUGAGACAUCCAAUAAUGAGAAUUCUGAGAAGACCUUACUGGUCAUCACCAUGGGAACAGAGAAGUUGGAAGAUAUCCCAGAUGACCAUGCCAUUGCAUCACUGUCAUCUUCAUCAUCACCCAAGUCUUUGUCUCAUGCAAAGUCUGCAUCUUCGUUGUCUUGUGAAGUAGAAGAGGAAGAGGUCAAGUACAGUGGUCAUAAGGCAGAUGAACUUGUGUCUGACAACACCGUAUCUAAUGAGAAUGGCAGCGUACUAGCUGUGAAAGAGAAUCAAGACAAGACUUCUAGAAUGGGAACAGAGAACAAUUCUUUGGAAUCCAUCCCAGAUUACCAUGUCAUUCCAGCACUGUCAUCUCCAUCAUCACCGAAGUCUUUGUCUCAUGCAAAGUCUCCAUCUUUGUUGUCUCAUGAAGAAGAUAAUGAAGAGACCAAGAACAAUGGUAAUAAGGCAGUUGAAUUCGUCUUGGAAAAGACCAUAUCUGUAGAGAUAGGCAACACACAAACUAUCAAAGAGAAUCAAAACAAGAUGCCUGGAAUCAGAACAGAGAAAAGGGCAUUGGAAUCAAUCCCGGAAGACCAUGCGACUGCACUGCCAUCUCCAUCAUCACCCAAGUCUUUGUCUCAUGCAAACUCACCAUCUCUAGAAGAGCAUGACGUGAUCAAGCACAAUGGUAAUGAAGCAGAUGGAUCUGUCUCUAACAACAUCGUAUCUGUAGAGAUUGGCAAUGUACAGCCUCUGAUGGGAGAUCAGAAGAAGACUAUGAGAAAGAGUAGGUUGGUUCUUUCUGAAGAUAAAUAUUGCUCACCGCUGAAGUUAAGGUUCAGGAGUGGGAAGGUAGUGGACCUUCCCUCAGAAAAUAACACUCCCAGGAGACUCAUAUUUAGGAGGUCUCGAUCCAGUGGUAAUAAAGCAGCAGAAGGCUUUGUCUCUGACAACAAGAAGUCUGUGGAGAUGGGCACUUUAGAACCUGUGAGAGAGAAUCAAGACAAGAUUUUAAGAAAGAGUCGGGUGGUUGUUUCUGAACAUAAACCUCGCUCUCCAGUGAAGUCAUUCAGGAAUCAACAGGCAGUGGACGUUCACUGGGGCAAUAACAGUACCAGGAUACUCAGAUUUAGAAGGCCAAAAGUCGUCUGGCCUGAAGAUGGCAAGGUUGAUUUGAAGAGGAGAAUCUGUAAAAAGACUGGAGACAAGGACGAUGCAGCCGGUGCGGAACUUUGCUCUGGCAAAGUUAUCUUAAAGCACCAAGAUGUGCAAGGGAAGACAGAUGUUAAAAUCUUGUUGAAUAAUGUCCUUGAAGAAACAGCAAGUAAACUUGUUGAAAGCAGGAAAGGCAAGGUUAAAGCCUUGGUGGGAGCAUUUGAAACAGUGAUCUCUCUGCAUGAGCGUAAGCGUACUUUAAGCGUUGUCAGUUGAGUGGUGGAAACUUCUUAUCCUAUUUCUGAGAGUUCAGAGGAAAAUAAUGAGCUUGUGAAUGAAGAAGUAAACAUUAGCAAGCGCCUAAUAUUGCAAACAGAUAUGCAAGUAGAUUUCUUCAGCAGAGGUUUUAAUUAGAAUUUUGACAUUACAAGGUUUUUGCAGUUUCUCUUGUUUCUGGAUGCUUUGUGUUGGUAUGGAUACAGUAACAAUUUUGGUA